AUGGCUAAAGUAAAAGUUUGUUAUUUGAAUGUAUUUGAAUGUCAUUUAUUUCCGUUGACCACUCUACUUAAUGAAAAUGAUCAAUCAUUGGAAAUUUACCAAACGAAAGUAGGUUCGGUCGGCAGUUGGUGUUGGGAAUCAGCGAUUUGUUUAGCUGAAUAUUGCUAUGAUCAUAUGUUCAAUGAAUUUCGUCAGAAAUGUAUUGUCGAGAUCGGAAGUGGAACUGGAGUUGUUGGUUUACAACUGUGUGCACUGGGCGGAAAUGUAACGAUGACUGACCGAGAAGAAUAUGUGGAAUUGAUUAAUUAUAACAUCAAAAAGAAUGAACAUGUCCUAACAGGCAAAGCUCAAGCGAAGACAUUAUUUUGGGGUGAUGAUAUCGAUGAACAUGAUGAAUGCUUUCAAAAUGUUAAUUAUAUUAUCGUUGCAAAUUGUGUUUAUCAUUCGAUUGAAUUGGAUGAACUAAUCAAAACGAUAUGCAAUUUAUGUGCCGGAAAUUCUUCAACUCGUUUAUUAUGUUGUUAUGAAAUACGAAAUGAUGGUAUUCGAAAACUAGUCGAUGAAUUUCAUGAAAAAUUAAUUGAACGAAAGUUUAUAAUUGAAUUCGUGGAUCAGAAGGAUUUUCGUGAAAAAUAUCGUAAUGAUUACAAUACAAUUGUCAAAUGUCGACGAAUGGAAUAA